UUCAUAUGACCUCGCUUGAAUUGCGUCGCAUAAGGCGGGAAAGAAGAAAAAUCGAAACCGCGCGCGCGCUCUCAACGCGACCCUAGGGCAUCGUCGUCCACGCUCUAGCAUUCUCUCGCUCGCCAUGGAAGCUCGCCCAGUGCAGCAGCAAUCCACGGUUUGCUCCACCGAGGCGCCGCUCUACAACUUGAGCUGCUGCCCGCCCAAGAAGAGAUUCCGGCCAGCGGCCAGCAGCGCCGGCACCGUCAGGGAGCGCUUCUGCGGGAUUCCAUUGCUUCCUGCCAAGAAACGCGUGGUAGCCUUCCAGUUUGGGGAGGAGCAGCUCCUCACAUCUCUCUUGCUCCACCAAGACGAAUCGGACGCCAAGAACAACACAAUGAAGCCCGUCCCAGAGGUUGAGCAAAACAACAGCAACAAGCGCGAGGAAGUGUUUGAAACGGAUGCGCCAGAUCCAGAUCCAAGGACGGUCACAGCACAGCAGGAGAAUGAUCUCUCCUGGUCGUGCCGCUUCUGCCAAGCCAGUGGCGAUUCAGAGGAGGCAGGGCCGCUCAUGGAAUAUCGGAACCGGAGCUUGAUCCCAGCCACAUCUUGCCAUCAAGGAGAAGCUUGCCAUGAUCGCCCGACAGCCGUGCACGUCCACCUUCGUUGUGCCGAGUGGGCUCCCAACGUUUACUACAUAGGCGAUGGUGAUGGGGGAGAGGAGGGCGGUGAUCAGCAAAUACGCAAUGUCAAGUCGGAGAUUGGGAGAGCCAGCAAGCUCAAGUGCCAUGCCUGUGGCUCCAGAGGCGCCGCGCUGGGAUGCUACUUGAGCAAGUGCCGCAAGAGCUUCCACUAUGGCUGCGCUCGUCGAGCCCAAACCAAAGGCCGAUGGGAGACGGAAAGGUAUUUGUUCUUGUGCGACGACCACGCGGCGUGGAGCUUUCCCGGGGAGACCGAAGGGAAAUAAAUGUGAAGCACGUUUUUGUGAUUUAAACACGCGACAAAUAUUUAGGGU